AUGUGUUUAAACAACAUGCAUUACAAGCAUCUUCUUACUGCCCUAGCGGUCCUAAGCUCAUUUGCUUCUGCUGCUCCGGCGCAAGAUACUAAAGCCGCAGAUAAGGGAGGACAGAAGCAAUACAAGAACCAGAAUAAGGACAGAGAAAACAAAAACAACAAUGGCAAUAAGGGCCAGAAGCAAAACAAAGGAAAUGGAAACCGCAACGGAGACGUGACAAUAAUCCAAAACAUCAACAGACCAAACAUCAUUAUUGUGCAGGAGAAUCUUGACAAACUUGACCAGCUGCAGCGAGAGAAUGAGAGAGAACUAGCAGCGCUGGUUCAAUCGCAGCUCGCACUCGCGACCCAAUUGCAGACGGUCAAGGAUACCAUCCGGAUCAACCACUUCAAGGCCCAAUUCCCUCAAGCAAACACAAUCAUCGUUACCGUCACCGGCCUUGUUGAUAACAGGAACCAGGGUCAGCAGAACAAGCGAUAUCUCGUCAACCAGCUUCUCGCGGAUAACGGCCAGCCAGGAAAGCAGGCACUGGUGAUGGUCACGGAUCCGAUACCUAUGCAAAUAUCAACGAAACAGGCGGCAACCUCUCAGUCAAACGCUUUCGGAGCAGCCAGAGUUGCCCUAGCACCUCCUUUUGGUUCGCGAUCCAACAACACUGACGACAAUUUCAAAGCCUCUGCAGUAUCUGGGCCAGAUGCCGUUGACAGCACACUCAGGCUUGCAUCCUUCGAUCAAACAGCUCCCUUCGGGCAAAUUGGCCAGAGCAUUAUCCUUCCUGCAGGAACACAGGCUCCGCAGCUCAGCCUUUCUGUCCCAGACCCAGCGGCUAUCAUUCUCCCUAACCAGCAAGGUUUGUUUGUCGAAAAUUCGGCGACGUUUUUGUCAGAUUGCGCUUCGUCAGCUGCCAAUGCAGCAAGCGGAAACCCAGCACUGGCCGGGGCAGCAUCUGCAAUCUUCUCUUCGUUUCAACAAAUUGCCGCCGCGCAACUUGCAGGUCUAUCUGGACUGGGGAUCUUCAACAAUACGGGCCAGGCGCAGGUAGGGCAGCCUCUUGGAGCUAUUGCCGUGGGAGCGAACCAGGGCCAACCUCCCCCCGCUGCUGUUCAGCCUCCAGCUCAAGUCGCGACGCCUCCGCAGGCAAACACAGGACAACCACUGGGUGCUAUCGCUGCUGGAGCGAACCAAGGACAAUCUCCUCCAGCUCAACUCGUAGCGCCGCCACAGGCGAAUGGAGGGCAGCCACUGGGUGCCAUCGCUGCUGGAGCGAACCAAGGACAGCCUUCCAUUCAACCUGCUCAAGGCGCUGCGGCGCCACAACCACCAGCUGCGAUUGUUGCAGGGGCAAAUCAAGCCCAACCCGCUGCCGCUUCUCCGCCGCCGCAAGGCAGCACAGGAACUGUCGGCCGGUCAAGCUGCAGCGGGGGCUCCGGCCCCGGUUCCGCCGGCGGCGAUUAUUGCGGGGGCGAAUCAGGGACAGCCAGCCCCUCCACAAUGAGUUCAGCUGGCAGCUCCGCCGGUAUCAUGAGUAAAGGAAAUUUCAAAAGGCUCUUUACGGGGUUUGGCAAAAUGAGGGAAAGGGAAUCAGCAACGAGCAGCCAUCGCCGACAGUUGCCCAACAUGUCGCUCGUUUCGGGGGAGAAGACGAACUUCCAGUUCAUCCUUCGUCUUCUGAACACCAACGUUCGUGGUCAGGAGAAGGUCAUGUACGCCCUCACCAAGAUUGGUGGUGUCGGUCGUCGUUACUCCAACAUUGUGUGCAAGAAGGCCGAUGUCGACCUGAACAAGCGCGCCGGUGAGCUCACCUCGGAAGAGCUUGAGCGUAUCGUCACCAUCAUCCAGAACCCCACCCAGUACAAGAUUCCCGCGUGGUUCCUCAACAGACAGCGCGACAUUGUCGACGGCAAGGACAGCCAGAUCCUCGCCAACGGUGUCGCCUCCAAGCUCCGUGACGAUCUCGAGCGCCUCAAGAAGAUCCGCGCCCACCGUGGUCUCCGUCACUACUGGGGUCUCCGCGUUCGUGGCCAGCACACCAAGACCACUGGUCGCCGCGGCCGUACGGUCGGUGUCUCCAAGAAGAAGGGUGGCUAA